GAUGAGAAAGACAAGGACAAGACGGAUGGUGAUACCGGUGGCACUAAGGGGGAAGAGGACAGCGAUGAUGUGGAUGCCGGCUCCGGAGGAAAGAGGGCCAGACACACCAAAACAGCGAAAGAGGACACCCUCACAAAGGGUUCCAAGACAGCAACACAACCUGUGGAAAGCCCUCCGAAAAAGAAAGGUGGAACCGCCAAGUUGCGGCAGCAAGCCGAAGCGGAUCUAAAGGAAGCACUGGAGUCUGGAGGAUUGCUGUGGAAUUCCCCCUUCCGCGGCAACCAGUUGUCGAUGAUCGUGACGCAUCGUCACAGCCAGUGUCCCCACAGCCUGUUCGUGGGGGAGGUGCUUCGUCAGAUCUUGGAAACUGCAGAACUGCAGGAUCCGGCUUGCCUUGGUGUUCAGGAGGUUCACGUGAAAGUGGAGCAGCAGGAGGUGUCCUUGGAAUGCGAAGGCAUCAACCUCUUCGGGCUCCAAGCACUUCCUGAAAAUCUAGUGAACCAUCGAAAGAUCUACACCAACGACAUCAGGAAGAUCCUGGAGCUCUACGGCGUUGAAGCUGCGAGAGCAUCAGUGGUGAAAGAAGUGCGAAAUGUCUUUGGACACUAUGGCAUCCAGGUGAAUCACCGGCAUCUGUCGUUGAUUGCAGACUACAUGGCUCAUGGAGGUUCAAUCGAAUGGGGAUGCAGAGCUGUGCGGGGCUCGGGGCUGCCCAUGGCCGUCCGUGGCAUGUUGAAGGAACGGCCACUGUUGAAGGCGGAGUUGAAGGUUGAACCGUCUAUAGGAGAUGAAGCAGCAGUGGUACCAAGACACCAAGAGGAUCUGGAGCCAAUCUUGGAGGAGCCAGUCACAGUUGGUUGCUUUGAAGUGAUCGUGCCCACUGAAGGUUACCGUGCCCUAGGUCUCGAGGUGGAUACUACAGCCACGGUCAAAGCCCAAGGUGGCCUCAUGGUCAAGGGCAUCAACGAUGGAGCCGUGAAGGCCUUCAACAACCGCUAUCCUGCGCAGGCAAUCCAGCUCUACGACGAGUUAACGCUCCUGGAUCAGGCCACGAGCAGCAAGGAGAUCAAGUCAAAACUGGGUUCUUCAAAGCUACCAGCGAUGCUAAAGAUUGGACUCGAUCGGCCAAGGGCUGUACAGGUGACUUUGGUCAAGCCUGGCAUGUUGGGGAUCAAGCUAGAUUUCAAAGCCACUUCCGCCGGUUGCGUGGUUGAAGAGGUGUUGCCUGAGGGUCUCGUCACCAAAUGGAACGCCACGCGCCCGGAGUCGGAACGCGUUCGCAAAGGUGAUCGCGUCGUCAAGAUCAAUGGAGAGCCAUACCUAGGAAGCAAAAUGCUGGAGGUGAUGAAGCAGGAGGAUCGUUUGGAUCUGACCGUGCUGAAAUAUUCGUCCUCAGCCUGA